ACAAGAAAAGCAAUGGGAGUGAGAGAGGAAGGUGUGCAGAAUGUUACAGAAAGUCAGAAAUCAAUGUCACAUGCUAUGAGCAAUGACGAAAUUGAUGAUCCUGAAUGGAUCGAUAUCAUGAUUGAACUGACUAAAGCUGCUGAGAGGGCAUUUAUUCUGAAAAAUAGGAAUGAGUUCUCUACCUUCACUCUCAUACCCGAAUAUGACCAAACUCCUGAAGAGAAUGAAAAUUUUAAUCGGAAAAAGGAUAUGGAGAAGGAAAAACUUCCAGAGAAGAAAAUGGCUAAUAAAGCAGCUCGAGAAGAGAAGGAAAAAGUUCUAGAGAAAGAAGUUGAAUUGUCUCUCAAUGAUGAAUUUGAGAAAAUUUUCUUCCGGAAUUAUCUUGGAGAUGGAGUUAAUCCAUCAAUGGAGAGAAUUGUCAAAAUGUCAAAAACCAGACACAUGACUUUGCCAUAGCAGAACGAUACAAAUAAAGUUGACUGUGGAAUUUAUGUGAUGCGCCAUAUGGAGACUUACAUGGGUGGUCAUGUUCGUAAUUGGAAUUCUGGUUUAACGAAGAAGGGGACAGAGGCUUUCAUAAAACUCCGUGCCAAAUAUACUGAAGCAUUGCUUGUUGGAGAUACAAACAAGAAGGCUUUUGAGACAUUUUCAAAUAUACAGCAGAAGUUUCAGAAUGAUAGCA